AUGGUCCAGAUCAACAACAUGACUCGCCCCAGCGAGGGCACUGUCGAGGUGUUUCUCGUCAGCGACAACCCGCAAGCCAAGCUCAAGCUCGUAGAGAGAGAAAAGGAGAGCCUCAAGUCCUUGUUUCAGCGAUGCAUGAGAUAUCACAAAGGCCGCCUUCCUCUCGACGACGACGUGGAGUGUGGACGACGCCUGAAGAGGGCGCGGAUGUUUCUUGCCUGGCUGCAAACAGACUUCCAGAUGACACCCGAAAUCAAGGGAAGAUACAACAUGAACGGUCUCUUCAAGCUGCCUAUGGGCAUGCCGGGAGUUUUGGUGCUCCCUCAGGACAUCGCAGACGGAAUCCAGGCGCAGUAUCAGGCAUGGGAGGAUGAGAACUGGGGUGCCGAUGCUGUCGUCGACGAUGAGGUCGCCGAAGAAGACGACUCAACAGAUCUUGACGCUCCUCCGGCCGCUGAUGGCGACACGCUCACAGUGACGUUUGCAUUGCCCUCUCCCGACGACCGUUACUUCGGCCCGGGAGGUAUCAUGUACGGAAUCACGGUUUUCCGGGGUAAGAACGGCAGAAAAGGCAUGCGGCUCAACAUUCUGAUCCUCAAGCGAAGCGCAAAAGUCUAUGGCCACAACGGUCUGGUAGUUGGAACGUGGUUCGCCUUCCAGCUCUGUGCCCUGCAGCAAGGAGCACAUGGCACGUCGAUGGGCGGUAUUUCUGGCGAUACCGUUCGCGGCGCCUUCUCCAUUGUGCUCUCUGGCAAGUAUCAUGACCUUGACAGAGACUUGGGCGACAUCAUCUUCUAUUCUGGCUCAGGCAGCCAUACCAACGAAGACCCGAACAAGCCUAAUGAGUCGACCUCCGGCACAAAGUCUCUCAAGGCUUCCAUCGCAUCCCAAAAUCCGGUCCGAGUAUUGCGCUCAGGAGCUUCGGCCAGCGGCAACAACGAGUACUUUCCACCCUGUGGAAUCCGAUACGAUGGGCUGUAUCGCGUAGAAGCACUCUUCUUAAACAAAAACACGAAAGGUGGCAUGUAUGAGCAAUUCAAGCUCCGAAGACUCCCUGGCCAAACACCUCUGGACCAGGACGAACUUUUGCGAGCUCAACGUCCUGCUGUAGAGCAUGCCGAGUCCGAGGUCGACGAGUCCGAGUUCGACGAGUCUGAGCCUGUCGACUCCGAGUUUGCCGCGUCGAAGCCAUUCGUGUCUGCGCCUAUAGAGUCUGAGACCGCCGAGCGCAAGCGAAGCAUUCGCGAGGCUGAGCUGGAUGAGCAGUUUUGUCAGCAGGUCGAGAAGCGGCUCCAUCCCGACGGCAAAGAGUCAUAA